AUGUUUGGACCAGACGAUAAGUACAGUGACGCUACUCAGAAGAGUAACCAUGAACGGGAUAAGCUUCUGUCCGAUCGAGCAGGAGGGGUUUUUGUUUUUGUGCCGAGCCCUCGUAAAUACAAUCUUCCUCCCGGUAUUCCUACUCAACAUGAGAGGAACAGUACGGGAAGGGAAUCGCAUAUUACUCCUAAAACUAACUUAACUAAUGAAGAAAAAGAUAAGUCGAGGCAGGAGCACAUUGGCCACUGCUUUGACUAUCUGAGACAAGCUAUUAUGUGUUCAGCAGACACGACGUUAGUAGGUGCACUCCCAGAAUCUGCUAAAUCUGGCGUUUUCGAGUUUGAUGGGUGGGGAUUUACCCAUAUGUGCAGAAACUUGGAGGAUUUCAACAGUUGGGUCUCGCAAUACUAA